CGUCGUCGAGAACGGAACGUGCGUGCACCAUCCGUUUGCUCUCCGUUGGCUCACUGGAUCUCGCUGACGAACAUCAUAACCGAUAACCAGGGGUUUAGGUGAAGUGUGUAUGCGAGGGACAAACCCUUUUACUACCAUCACCGUAAGUGUGCAGAGUGUCCUGUUCUAGCAUUUGGUUGCCACGUGGUGAUUUAUCCUUGUUUUCUACGCGCUGUUCCUACGGCACCAAUUACUGUUUCCGGCCAGUGUGUGGUGUGAUUCAUUGUCAAAGCGGUGUGCCAUCCGUUCUGCCCGAUGGAGUCGCCUGGUGGUGAUGAGCUGUGAAAAGUGUAUGUGUGUGUGUGUCGGACUGUCUGUCCGGUGGUGGUGCCUCUUCCCAUUUCAAGCAUCACGCAGUUUUGUUUGGCAAAUUGUACCAUUCAUCUCGGAAUGUACUCGCUAGCACUUCAUUGAUCGAGUGAAGCGGUAAAGAUAGGGAAGAAUUUAUCACUGACUGCGACCGGCAUUGCGCUCGGUACAAGGUGAUCGCUCGACUUUCGCUAGCACUUACGGAUAUGCGGCUCGGCGAAUUGGGAAGUGAUUGAGUGGUGUCGUUACUAGCUUAGCAGUGUCUAGUAUUGCUUCCCUUCCGAAAGCAUCGUGGUUUCGGUGAGUGUGGUAAAAAAAAAAUUCCCUAAAAUAUUGUACCGUCUGUCUGCUGGAAGCUGGUUUGCUCGACGUAAUCGUACCCGGUGUCCAUUAAUUACUAGAACCCGCCAGAGAGCCGGCUGGUGGAGAAAAUUGGUGGAAAUCGAGUGGAAAAUUAUUCCUCACUUUGUCCGUGCCAGAUCUGGGCGAGUGAAAAAAAUCAUUUAAAACGAGUCUAUACUAAUGGAAUAUUGAAUGCGUUUUGUCGUUCCGCUUUGACUACGCCAUCCGUUUCACGCCGAAUGAUAAAGUGUCUGGCGGAGGCUAGCAUAUGAUGCAUGUUAAGUUAAAAUAUAUGGCCAUCAUACGGAGCAGGCAUACGGCAGUUUCCAGUGCAUACGAAAAAAAUUGAACCAGGAAUGUGAAUACCGCUGUGAUGUUGUACGAGCUGUGCAAACUUUAGGUGUCGAUACUUUGUAACCUGUGGUUGUGUUAGUUCGGCUGUUCGGAGAUAUAUCAAAUCAAUGUGAAAUUUAAGAAAAAAAGGAUAUGUGGUGUAUAGAUUUGAAUGUGUUUGGAAUCGGGCAGUCGUGUUUGUACCACCAAACACAUUAGUGAAGAUUAAUACCCAACAGACAAAGUUCGGCCAAACAUCACUUUGGUUUAAGGCAUCAGUGCAACACUGGCAACCGUAGAGAUUGCUUAAUUCAUCCCCUGGAUGCCACUGGACCAGGGAAAAUAGACUUUCAAACGGCACACGGCCACUCGUCCAUUUCGGUCCCCGGGCGCCUGUGACAUUCAUGCCGAUCUCUUUGAUCGCUCAACCAUGCCACACCAUCCUUAAGCGUGGUGCGGCAUUUUCCUGCUGCUGCUGCGUGGCCUGCCUUCGUCCCGCAUCAAUCCGCACAAGUGGCACCAAACAUGAUGGAACUCGCCCAGUCUGCCGGCAGUAGCCUAAUCGCGGUCAUCAUCACCAACAGCACCGGCGAGGGAUUAGCGAACGAUGUCCUCGGUGGCGCGCAUCGCGCUCUACAGCAGCCGCACCACCAGCCCCAACAACAGUACCAGCCCCAGUAUCUGUACGCGAACGAGAGCGCCGGGGGCGGGCACGGGACGGAAACGCACGGUUACACCACGAACCCGAUCUGCAUCCUGCUGCCGAUAACGAUCUUCUACUGCUUCAUCUUUGUGGCCGGCAUUGUUGGCAACCUGUCCAUCUGCAUCGUGAUUGCGAAGAACAAAUCGAUGCACACCGCCACCAACUACUAUCUGUUCAAUCUGGCCGUGUCGGACUUUUUGCUGCUGCUGUUCGGAAUGCCACAGGAGCUGUACGGCACCUGGAACCCGUUCGCCUACCCCUUCAACCAAAUAGCCUGCAUCAUUACGGGCCUGCUGUCGGAAACGGCCGCCAAUGCGACGGUGCUCACCAUCACCUCGUUCACCGUCGAACGGUACAUCGCCAUCUGUCAUCCGUUCCGGUCCCACACCAUGUCGAAGCUGUCGAGAGCGAUAAAGUUUGUGAUCGUCAUCUGGCUGGUAGCGUUCGGGUUGGCCACUCCGCAGGCACUCCAGUUCGGCAUCGUGGAAUCCGACGGCAGCCGGCUCUGUACGAUCAAAGAUGAACACUUUGUGCACGCGUUCGAGGUGUCCAGCUUCUUGUUCUUCGUCGGCCCGAUGACGGUUAUAGCGGUGCUGUACGUGCUAAUAGGAAUAAAGCUCCGGAAGAGCAAACUGCUGCAGGGCGCCAAACGGGCCUCAUCCGAUUACACCACACCGCCCCGAACUGUCAGUGGCCAGAGCAGGGUGAUACGCAUGUUAGUGGCAGUCGUGGCCACGUUUUUCAUCUGCUGGGCACCGUUCCACGCGCAGCGUCUAAUGGCCGUGUACGGGGUGUUUACCAAGACGGAGAGUGUGUUCUUCUACAAGGUGUACAUGGUGCUAAACUACAUUUCCGGCAUACUGUACUUCCUGUCCACCUGCAUUAACCCGCUGCUGUACAACAUCAUGAGCCACAAGUUUCGGGACGCAUCCAGGCACACCCUCAAGAUGAGCUUCUGCGGCGGGUCAAAUCGCAACAAAUCGGAUGGACAGCAGCACACGUACAGUGCCGUCUCGCGGUACGGCGUAACCGGUGGCGGAUCGUUCAAGGUAAACUCGAACAAUAUGGCGUGCAUCGGUACCGGCAUCACGGUUGGCCAGCAGCCAGGCAACGGGACGACGGAAAACCAAUGCCAGCAGGAAUCGAACCUAUCGCUGCUAGCAAAGGAUCGGUCCAACCGUAGCACCAUGCCACCGAUUGCGAUGCGGCCAACGUACACCCGUGCGUCGGAUUCGCACUGCGUUUCGAUCAGCAGCAGCCAUUCGACGACCGCCACGAACGUAAGCAGCAACGGGAAGCUAAGCCGCAGUUCGAACGGUUCACUGCGGCACGGUGGCAACGCGCUCGACACCUCCGACUCGUCCGGUGGGCGUUUGUCAACGAUUGCGGAAAAGCUUCGGCGCGGCACGAAGAAGGUGCUGGCGUUCAGCAAGUCCCCCAACAGUACGCCCUGCAAGUCGGCGGCCGGCACCGCUGCUGAGGUGGUCGACGAACGGCGCAAGGCGUACCGCAAACGGAACAGCUGCGACAGCGUAGACACCAACACGAUCAGCAACUCAAGCCUGAAGGAGUUCGAUGAGGAGGAAUUCAGCAGCGCCGAACUAGCACGCUUCAUGGGCGAAGUAAACAGCGAGAUACGUUAGAGGCAGCAGGGAUGGCAUGGUGCAGGCGUUGGAUUUAGCUCUGCAAGUGUUACGCGCUCAAUCAAGCCUCCCUCCCGAAAGCCACAGUACAAACCCAAACUCCAAUAACUCUGCGAAGCCCGCAGACCGCGUGAAGCGCCCAAACAUCCAAAGAACGAAAGGUACAACGAAAAAGAAAAAAAAAACUCGAACGCGGAACAGGGAAUUAC